UCUGAAACCCCGCGAGGAGCGGGGACCUCACGCAGCCGGGCGGGCAUGUUCUGCGUUCUGGCCCGGAGGCAGUUUUCUCUGCCCCUCGUCUGCGUGGGCUUUUGUCGUCGUUGCUAUUUAAAACUCAGCCAGGCAUCCCCUGGCGUGGGACGAGUGUGAUCGUGUGUGUGAUAAGGGGUUAGUGUCCAGAGGAUGUAAAGAAAUCCUGCAGCUCAACCACAAAAAGUGGUUUUAAAAUGGGCAACGGACUUGAGUGGGUAUUUCUCCCAAGAAGACGUGCAGAUGGCCAGUGAGCACAUCAGAGGAUGCUCAUUAGCCCUCAAAGUCGAAAAUGAAAACCAGAAUGAGAUACCACUUCACAGCCACUGAUACGGUUAUUAUUGAAAACAAGAGUGGACACUCGUUCGUUGCUGGCAGGGUAGUAAAAUGGUGCGGCCACCACCUGUGGAAAACAGUGUAGUACUUCCUCAAAAUUUGGGCAUGGAGUUACCAUAUGAUCCACCAAUUCCCCUCCUAGGUGUAGACUCUGAAGAAUUGGAAGCAGGGACUCAGAUACUUGCACACCAGUGUGCACAGCAGCCUUAUUCAGAAUAGCUUAAAGGAGGUAACAGUCUAAAUGACUAUCAACAGAUGAAUGGAAAUAAACUGUGGUAUUUUACUCAUCCUUAAAAAAGAAUUAAAUUCUGAUGCAUGCUGCGGUAUAGACAUACUCAGUGAGGUAAGCCAGAUACAGAAGAACAGGUGUGUGAUUCCGCUCAGAGACAGAAAGGCAAACAGGGGUGGAAAGGGGUACUGUUGAAUGAGUGUCCAGUUUCUGUUUAUGGUGAUGAAAGGUUCUGGAAGUGGAUAAUGGUGGUGGUCAUACAACAUUGUGAAUGUACUUAAUGCCACUCAGUUAUGCUUUUAAAAAUGGCUGGAAUGGUCAAUAUUAUAUUUUACCACAAUUUAGAAAGUGUAUACAAAAAGGCAAAACUACAGAGACAGUGGUUGUGAGGAGCACGGGGAAUUGUUAGAACAGUGACAUUACUUUGUGUGAAUCUGUAAUGGUAGAGAACAUGACACUACAUUUGUGAAAACCCUCAGAACUGUACAGCACGUGAGGUGAGCCCUGUAUAAAGUGGACUUUAGUUAACAGUAACUAUAUAUUCGUCUCUAACAAGUCUGCCACAUUAAUACAGGAUGUUAAUAAUAGGAAGGGUGUGCAAGGGAGGAAAGGAGAUACAUGAGAACAGAGAACUUUCUGUUCAGUUUUUCCUUAAGCCUAAAACUGCUCUAAGAAAUAAAGUUUAAUUUUAAAAGAAAACCAGCGAGGGUGAAGAGCAAUGCUAGUGUGUACAUACUAGUGGGACCCAAUUAGCUUUCAACAUGCUCUGCUAAGCAAAUUUUUACAUUUAAGAGCUGUGUGUCAAAAUGUUUUAGAAGACGACUGGUAGUGCUAGACUUUAAGGAAGAAGUUGAAUGGGAGAUGGAAAUAGGUGUGAUAUCACCUGCUAUCCUCACUGAAAAAUACAGGAUGAUGGAGUAGCAAAACACUCAUGAUUAAAACAUGUUUUUAGAGACAACGUUGUCUGUAGAGGUGAAAAGUAAGAUAAGAAAUUUUUAUUAAUCUGAACAAUGUAGAGCUAUUUUCAUAGUUAGGCUUAGGAGCCCUGACACUUAGGAAAAAAACUUCUGUAAUCUUGAGGCUGGAAGUAAUCUUAGUGUCUCACCUAGCAGUUGAAUUCUGGACUCAAUUUUCCAGCGUCACCAUGGGAGAGACAUCGUUGUCUUACAACAGAGAUCUGGAAGCAGAAACCAGGGGCUUCUGCAGCUUCCUGUGACCUACUUAUUGUGAUCUUUGACAGGUUCAACUUCUCAUCUUUGUCCUUCUUGAUGUACUGCAGGCUAUUGUCUGUGGUUUACUCAAAAAGCCAUGUAGACUUCUCUGCCCUUGUAAGACUUCUAGUAAGACAUCUGCACUGCUUUUAGAGAAUAUAAUCGUGUAUGUUAGAAAGAAAAAUGGAAGUAUUCCAGGACCUUCAUAAACCAUCAGCACGUUUGGAGUGUGACCACUGCAGUUUCAGAGGCACAGAUUAUGAAAAUGUACAAAUCCACAUGGGUACCAUCCAUCCGGAAUUUUGUGAUGAAAUGGAUGCUGGUGGGUUAGGUAAAAUGAUAUUCUACCAGAAAAGUGCAAAGCUAUUUCACUGCCAUAAAUGCUUUUUCACCAGCAAGAUGUACUCUAAUGUAUAUUAUCACAUCACAUCCAAACAUGCAGCCCCAGAGAAAUGGAGUGAGAAACCAAAAAAUCAGUUAAACAAAGAAGCAGAUCCUGUGAAAAGCCCUCUUCUUCCUGAACACCAGAAAAUGCCCCCUAAUUCAGGAGAACUCCUGAAACCUAUACCUGCCCUUUCUGUAGAAACACAGAAAUUUGGCCCAGUUACGUCUCCAGAAUCACCAAAACCCGCUCUUACUUCCCUGGACUCUCAGAAUUCUGGCCGUGUUGUUUCUCCUGAGCCACAGACACCUUCUCUUCCUUCUCCUGAGCCUCCAAAACCUGCUCCUAUUUCUUCUCCUGAACUUCCAAAACCAGUCCCUCUAGUUUCUGAAUCCCAGAAACCAGUGCCUGUUCCUUCUCCAGAACCACAGAAACUUGCUCCUGUAUCUCCUGAGCCAGUAAAGGCUACUCUUAUUAAUCCCAAACCUCAGAAGCACUCCCAUUUCCCAGAAACACUGGGGCCACCUUCAGCCUCAUCUCCAGAGUCACCAGUUCUAGCUGCCUCCCCUGAACCUUGGGGACCGUCCCCAACUGCAUCUCCAGAGUCUCGGAAGCCAGCCCGGACUGUCUCCCCUGAGCCAAGGAAGCUCUCCCCUUCUGAGUCCCCUGAACCUUGGAAGCCAUUCCCUGCUGUCUCCCCAGAGCCUCGGAGACCGGCUCCAGCUGUGUCACCAGGUUCUUGGAAGCCAGGGCCACCUGGGUCCCCACGGUCUUGGAAAUCCAGUCCUUCAGCAUCAUCAGGACCUUGGAAGCCAGCUAAACCUGCUCCAUCUGUGUCUCCUGGACCUUGGAAACCAAUUCCUUCUAUAUCACCUGGACCUUGGAAACCAGCCCCCACAUCCUGGAAGUCUUCAUCAGUCUCACCUGGUUCCUGGAAGUCUCCCCCUGCAUCUCCUGAGUCAUGGAAGUCUGGCCCACCAGAACUCCGAAAGACAACUCCCACCUUGUCACCUGAACAUUGGAAGACAGUUCCCCCAGUGUCUCCUGAGCUCCGUAAAGCAGGACCUCCCUUAUCUCCUGAGCUUCGCAAACCGGGCCCACCACUGUCCCCAGAGAUCCGAAGUCCAGCAGGAUCUCCAGAGCUCAGAAAGCCCUCAGGGUCUCCAGAGCUUUGGAAGCUUUCUCCUGAUCAGCGGAAAACUUCUCCUGCUUCACUUGAUUUUCCUGAGCCCCAGAAAAGUUCCCGUGGUGGUUCCCCUGAUCUAUGGAAGUCUUCCUUUUUUAUUGAACCUCAGAAACCUGUCUUCCCUGAGGCCCGGAAACCAGGUCCUUCUGGGCCACCUGAGUCCCCUAAAGCGGCCUCUGAUAUCUGGAAGCCUGUUCUCUCUGUUGAUACUGAGCCUAGAAAACCCGCCCUGUUCUCCGAGCCUGCCAAAACAGCCCCUCCUGCUUCUCCUGAACCACGAAAACGUGCUCUUUUUCCAGAGCCCCGGAAACAUACCCUUUUCCCCGAACUUCCCAAAUCUGCUAUCUUCUCAGAAUCUCAGAAGGCAGUUGAGCUUGGUGAUGAACUACAGACAGAUGCCAUAGAUGAUCAAAAGUGUGAUGUUCUGGUUCAGGAAGAACUACUAGCUACACCUAAGAAACUCUUAGAAGACACUUUAUUUCCUUCCUCAAAGAAGCUCAAGAAAGACAACCAGGAGAACUCGGAUGCUGAGCUUAGUAGUAGUGAGUAUAUAAAGACAGAUUUGGAUGCGAUGGACAGCAAGGGCCAAGAGUCAAGCAGUGACCAAGAGCAGGUGGAUGUGGAGUCUAUUGAUUUUAGUAAAGAGAACAAAAUGGGCAUGACUAGUCCAGAGCAGUCCAAGAACGUUCUGCAGUUUACUGAAGAAAAAGAAGCUUUUAUCUCUGAAGAAGAGAUUGCGAAAUACAUGAAACGUGGAAAAGGAAAGUAUUACUGCAAAAUUUGUUGCUGUCGUGCUAUGAAAAAAGGUGCUGUUUUGCAUCAUUUGGUUAAUAAGCAUAAUGUCCACAGCCCUUACAAAUGCACAAUUUGUGGAAAGGCUUUUCUUUUGGAAUCUCUCCUUAAGAAUCAUGUAGCAGCUCAUGGGCAAAGUUUACUUAAAUGUCCACGUUGUAAUUUUGAAUCAAAUUUCCCAAGAGGCUUUAAGAAACAUUUAACUCAUUGUCAAAGCCGGCAUAAUGAAGAGGCAAAUAAAAAGCUAAUGGAAGCUCUUGAACCUCCACUGGAGGAACAGCAGAUUUGAUUUUUAAACAUAGUGUGAAUAUGUGCUCCACAGAGUUGUUUAUUGAAACCAUUUGUUGAAAGUGUAGUUAAAUAGCCUAGUUGAAUCAGUAGAUGUUGAUGUGUAUAAUGUACUGUGUUUAAUUGUCUCGGUAGUGUUACAAAGAAUGAGCAUUUGGGUUUUUUGUUGUUUUGUUUUUUUUUUUGGUCUCUAUUUAUGUGGCUAUCUUGUAAGUCAGUACAUUCACAUUGUGUAUUCCGGAUGUGUAAAAUUUCUUCAAUUUCUUUUCAGUGUAUUUGAAUUUGAAGAGGUAGGCAUUCCAUUUAAUGAUCAAGAGCAAGUCAUACUCAAUUUCAGACAUCUAGGUAAAGUACAUCUUUUUUUGUGAAACUAAUUUCAGGCAAUGGAAAUCAUUAGUUGGAAUGUUUAAGAAUUAGGGAUGAAAAUUUUCAGAAAUUUUGUUCUCUUAAAUGUAUUUUCAGAUCAUAAAAGUUAUUUUAAGAUUUUUAUUGGAUCAUGUAAAAUUAGUUUAUAAAACUUGAACCACUUCUAGAUGCUUAAUUGCUCUUAUGGAAAAUUGGAUCUCAGGGUUGCUGAUUUUCUGCUACAAGGGGGAAGUUGAGUCAGUUAAAAAAAUAGUUUGCAGCCUUCUCCUAUAGGAAACUGGGAAGCCUGAGUGUGAUUUUAGGCCUCACCCUUGGUUGUUUCUUUUGGAGUCUUCCAUUCUGUACCUAACCCCAAAUUCUGGCCCUUCACUUCCCUGCGAGCUCACGCCAGUAGAUGACCCUUACUUGUCAAAUGCACACGAGCCAUACCUCCUCCUCCAGGGCUUUACGCACCAUCUGUUGGGGCUUCAGACCAGGGUGAUGAGCAGGAACUGAAAGUCUUCCAGAUUCACAACAAAAAAUUUUAUAAAUAGACAUUGCUGUUUAAGAAUACAUCAGUUUUAUGUUUUUCAGAGUUGUUACUGUAAAUACCUUGUGCCUGUUCAUGGGUUAUUUUAUUCUAAAAUUUUUUGUCAAAUGUGUAUCAACCAAAUUAAAAACAAAGACUUUGAUGUUAGCAACA